AUGGUCAAUGGCCCGUGGGUCCGCCUAUGGGAGCAUGGCCUGGGUACUUCCCGAUAGGGUCAUGGCCUACGCAGGGUCCAUAUCCCAUGUUACCCCAGAAUCAGAAUUUGGGAGGAGACCAAAACAUGGGACAACUUCAACUAACAGGGCAAAACCAACCAGGAUCGAGUCGCCAGGGUGGCCAAAACCAGAACAAGUCCCAAGGGCAAGGACAAGGACAAGGACGUGGAAGAGGUAGGAAUGCUGGUAGGAAUCAGGGACCAGGGGAACGAGGAGCAGGAAAUAGAGGAAGUGGGUAYCAAGGUGGAAACUGGGGACAGUUCCAAGGGGGUGCGAAUCCGGUAGGGCAAGAAUACCRGCAGGGGUAUGRUCGUGGUUACGACCAAGGCUAUGGAAGGGGGUUUGGUAGAGGAAAUGGGUCAUGGAACGGACAGGGUUUUGGCAGAGGAUGGAUAGACUACAGCGAAUGCGUUUGUACCCACUGUGGAAUCAAAGGGCACAUAGUAAAGCGAUGCCACGUCAGGAAACUUGACGAGCGCGAUGGACUUAUAACAUCCAACAUAGAUGGCAAGGUGUUUGACAGAACAGGAAAGCUGAUCGAUCCUGAGAUUCCGGGAGGCACUAGAGAAGAGGCCCUUCGCAUAGCCGCGCUAGGUUCCAACGCGCCGGGGAUGUUCAGAAUGUGGCAAGAAAAGGAAGGACCAGUCGUACGGGUGGAAGAUGUAACUGAACUAGAAGAAAAACUGAGCCGAAUGGGGAUCGAAGGAAGCAAGGAAGACGUACCCCUUGUGGAAGAAGAAGCAGAAGAGGAUGACGUUAGGAUUACCAUCAGGGACACAUUUGAUAAGAUGGAGGAUCUGGUGAAUAAAAUGCAAAGGCUGCAUUUGAGACUUCAAGGGAUAUGUGAAGAAGCGGGGAAAGAAGGGGUUGGGUGCCCGAAAGUAUUUACCAUGGGACGUGGAGGAUCAGAAGAUGGGCCAAAUGAGCCCAACCCAAGAAUGUUGAGGGCCAACAUGGCCGCAAAGAACAGUGGGGGUCAAAGAAGCGUAAGAGGAACGAUUCCGUUCGGUACAAGAAGACCCGCAGGAGAAAAUCCUCAAAAGGAACAAGCCCAGGCUUCCCAGCCAGCAGAAGAAGAACCACCUAUCACRGUAGAGGGUGAUGAGGAUGAGGAUGAGAAGAUUAGGGAGGAAGAAGAAAGGCAGGCGGAGAUAAGGGCUAAGAGAAGGAAAGGCGAAGCUAAGGAAGGGAGAUCAAAAGGGGAUACGGGACCAAGCAAGAAGAGAAAGGCUGGAGACAGCCUGAGAGUUUUUCUGCGAGAUCUUGAGGAGUACGCGUUCAGGAGAGAAUGGGGCGACAGGGAAAGGAUUGCGAACGUGAAAGGAGCAGGAAUGUACAAAAGGAGGAUUGAAGGAGUGGUGGCAGGUUGCACAAGGUGGAGAGUAUGCAAGGUGAGACUAUGGAGAGACAUGGGGGAAUUCCCAAGGGAUGAUGUGGAGGAUGAUUUAAGGUUUGAUGGGACCAAUCUGAAAGACUUUGUUGAGAGCUUGCAGCUGGCCGCUGAGAGGGGCGGAUGGAGCGAGGAGGAAAAGAGGAAGCAGUUGAUCACGAGAUCAGACAAAGGCGAAAAGGAGGAAGUAAGAGGAAUUGUGGAAGGGAGUCGAACGUGGAAAAGGAUAACGGCAGAAUUAUGGAUAGCCUACACCCAGGCCAGGCAAGACCAAACAAGAAAGGAAAGGCUGCAAAAGAAGGGGCUAUGGAUUGGAAGAGAGGUGACUGAGCCACAGGGGAAGGAGGAAGAGAAUGAAGAAGAGGAUAAUGUAUCUCUGAAGAAGUUGAAGAACAAGGCGAGGAUCUCCCCCAAGAGCAGCAGCAAGGAAUCUGAGCAGGCUGAGGGAGAUGAACAGGAAGAGGAGGAGGCAGCAGAGGAGAGGAAAAGAAGCAUGGGGGYCAGUAURGUACCAAGGAAGAAGAAACYUGGAAAGAGAAGGGCAAUUGAGAGUGGAAGRAGARAGGUACAAGAAAGGGUGAGUGAAAAAGGGGAAGGAGUAGAAGAAGCYGAGGWAGGAAAGAAGGUCCAGGGAGGAGGCAAGGCUCCCAAAGUCAAGAGAACUGAGGGAAAGAGGCCGAUUGGGAACAAGGAAGAGACAAGUGAGAUAGGAAAGAAGGAAGAUAAGAAGGAUGGUCAGGUAGAGAAGUUGAUGAGAGAUAUGGAAGAAAUGAGGAAGGAAGUAAGGGAAUUGAAGAAAGAGAAGGAGGAAUUGCAAAAACAAAUGAACCAAUUAAGGGUCUCCCUUAAUGUGCAAAGCAGAGACCUGGAAAAUGAAGUGGCCACAAGAGGUAAGAUGGAAAUAAGGGUGAAUGGUCUGGUUUCUGAGAUCAAGUAUCCCCACUCUCGAUCAUUAUGUUUUAUGUAGGAGACCCGGUUUAAAUCUCGGCGGUAAUAAUGAAAAGUAAGGUGAUAG